CUGGUUUUCAUCAUGUGGGAAUCAGAGAGUGAGUCAACAGCAGCAGGAAGGGAAUAUGGGGGUGAACUUCUCACUUCAACCAAACAUGGUGUCAAGACAGAAGGAUUUCAGCAAAGAGACAACUCUUGGUAUGUUUCAGCUGAUAUUCCAAGUGACCUUCUAGUUCAAAUUGGAGAAGCUAAAUUCCACUUGCACAAGUAUCCUUUGCUAUCUCGAAGUGGAAAGGUGAACAGAAUCAUAUAUGAUUCUCACGACCCUGACUUGAAUAAGCUAGUUCUAGAUGAUCUCCCUGGAGGUGCUGAGGCUUUUGAACAUGCAGCCAAGUUCUGCUAUGGAAUUGCUAUUGAUUUCACAGCAGGCAAUAUCUCUGGAGUAAGAUGUGCUGCUGAGUAUCUUGAAAUGACAGAGGACCUAGAAGAAGGCAAUCUUAUAUUCAAGACAGAAGCGUUUCUUAGCUAUGUGGUUUUGUCUUCAUGGAGAGACUCCAUAAUAGUGUUGAAAAGCUGUGAGAAGCUGUCACCAUGGGCUGAGAACCUUCAAAUUGUCCGAAGAUGCAGUGAGUCUAUAGCAUGGAAAGCUUGUGCUAAUCCAAAGGGAAUAAGGUGGUCUUAUACUGGAAGAGCACCAAAAGUUUCUAGCCCAAAAUGGAAAGAUUCAAGCCCUAGUAGGAAUCAGCAGGUUCCUCCUGAUUGGUGGUUUGAAGAUGUUUCAAUCCUUAGGAUUGAUCACUUUGUUAGAGUCAUUACUGCCAUUAAGGUAAAGGGUAUGAGAUUUGAAUUGAUUGGUGCUGGAAUCAUGCAUUAUGCAACUAAGUGGCUACCAGGAUUAAUGAAUGACACAACAAUCCCAGGAGAUGAAACAAGCAACAGCAGUAACAGUAGUGGUGAUGGCGGCGGCGGCGGUAGCUGGAAAGGUGGAGUUAAUAUGAUUGUGGCAGGAACUAGAGAUGACACUUCAAGUCUUCAAGCUAAAGAUCAAAGGAUGAUCAUUGAGAGCCUCAUCAGCAUAAUUCCACCACAGAAGGACAGUGUCUCAUGCAGCUUCCUGCUUAGGCUUCUGAGAAUGGCAAACAUGUUAAAGGUAGCACCUGCAUUAAUUACUGAAUUAGAGAAAAGGGUGGGAAUGCAAUUUGAGCAAGCUACACUGGCUGAUCUUCUAAUUCCUUGUUAUAAUAAAAGUGAGACUGCUUAUGAUGUGGAUCUUGUUCAGAGGCUAUUAGAGCAUUUUCUUGUUCAAGAACAGACUGAAAGUUCCAGUCCAAGCAGACAAAUCUUUUCUGAUAAGCAUAUGGGAAGUAACCUAAAUGCAAAGGCAAGAGUGGCAAGACUUGUGGACAGUUAUCUCACAGAGGUUUCCAGAGAUAGAAACCUUUCCCUGACAAAGUUUCAGGUUCUUGCAGAAACUUUGCCUGAGUCAGCUAGGACCUCUGAUGAUGGGCUUUAUAGAGCAAUUGAUUCCUAUCUUAAGGCACACCCAACACUAACUGAGCAUGAAAGGAAACGGCUCUGCCGUGUAAUGGAUUGUCAGAAACUCUCCAUUGAUGCCUGCAUGCAUGCUGCACAAAAUGAAAGGCUUCCAUUAAGGGUAGUGGUGCAAGUUCUAUUCUCUGAACAAGUAAAGAUAAGCAAUGCACUAGCAAACAGUACUACGAAAGAAGGUAUGGAAUCUCAGUAUCAACCAAUGCUUACAAACCGGAAAACACUUCUUGAAGGGACACCACAAUCAUUCCAAGAAGGAUGGGCAGCAGCUAAGAAAGAUAUUAACACACUGAAGUUUGAACUUGAGAGUGUGAAAACUAAGUAUUUGGAGCUUCAAAAUGAUAUGGAGAAUUUGCAGAGACAAUUCGAUAAGAUGCUAAAGCAGAAGCACACAUCAGCAUGGAGCAGUGGGUGGAAGAAACUAAGCAAAUUUGCAAAAAUGACAAAUGUUGAAAAUCAUGAGAUGGCAACUCACAUUCCAAUUUCAGAAGAACAGAACAGAAAGACAACUAGAAGAUGGAGAAACUCAAUAUCUUGAGAGACAUGAAAUUCUCAAUGCCUAGGAAGUAAUACCUCUCAUAUGAACUUGUGUGUUCCAUACUUCUUCCUUUUUGGUCAUAUUUGAU